AUGGGCUUUUGGUCGAGCAGCAGUGGCAGCAGCAGCUCCAGCAGCAGCAGCAGCGCCGGAAAUAACAGUGAUUCGUCCGACUCGUCGCCUACCGUCGACGCGUCUUGCAGCACGACCGGCGGUGGUGGGGCUGAUUCUGACGGGUCUUCGGACUCUUCUUCGCCGGGCCGGUUGAGCCGGUGGAGCCGGAAGAUCCGGUCUUUCCGGCACAAGAAGUCGUCCUCGGUGGCGGUGGUGGCGGCCAAACACGAUCAACACAGCCACCACCACCACCACCACCACCACCGACAUCACCAUCAUCACCACCAUCGCCACCCGCACCAUCGUAGACAUUCGACCGCCGCGGACGCUACCGCCGGGUCGUCUUCAUGUCCACAGUGCGACGGCGUAAGCACUCUGGCGCCAUCACCCUCGAAUCCAGCAGCAGGUAGAAUAUAA